AUGACAGAAGAAAUUACAAAUGAUUACGAAUUAUAUUUAAAUAAAUCCAUAACUUCAUUUGAUACAAUUUUACUAUUACAUAUAAUUACGAAAUAUGAAAUAGAGAAGCCCACUAUCGAUUGGUCGGUGGUUCAAGGCUAUUUGGUCAAAGAAUAUAAUAGAUUAAAAGAAUUAAAAUUAUUUUCAAAUUCAGAAAAUAUAAUAGAUUCACUAAAAAAUGAAGAAGAAACUAAAACCUUUUAUAAUAAAAUUCAAGAGGUAUUUUCAAAAAACCAUGUAAAUUUAGAAAAUUUUUUAAGAAAUAAAAGAAUAGAAUUAAUAAAAUCAGAAAUAAAUGAACUCAAUAAGGAGUUGAAAGAAAAGGAAGACAAUAUACAAUUAAUAAAAUCAAACUAUUUAGAGCAAUUACAAAAGGAACAAAAAGAACAAAAAGAACAAAAAGAACAAAAAGAAAAGAAUGAAAAAGAAACUGAAAGUGAAAAAGAGAAUGAUAUUGAAAUUAAAGAAGAGGAAGAAGAAGAGGAGGAGGAAGAGGAUGAUUCACAGACUAAAAAGAAAGAAAAAGAAAAAGAGAAAUUAGAAAAAGAAAAGAAUUCUUUAUCAUCGUCCACAACAACCACACCUAAACCAAAGAGAAAGCACUCAGCACUAUCCACACCACAGCAAACUAAAGACGAAUUAGAAGAUGAUUCAUUACAACAAAAGAAAAAAGAUGACGAACAGCAAAAAGCAAAUAUUAAGAAAAUUUUAGGAGUGUCAUUAGCAAAAGUAUGGAAAGCAUUAAACUCAAAUAGAUUUGCCUAUAUUUUCAGAUAUCCAAUUUCAAAGGAAGAUGCACCAGAUUAUGAUUCAGUUAUCAAACAUCGUAUGGAUCUUUCAACUUUAAAAAAGAAAUUAGAUGAUAAUGUAUAUAACAAUUGUUCAGAGUUUAAUAAAGAUUUAAUAUUAAUUUUCAAGAAUGCAAUGAAUUACAAUGAAGAGGAUUCCGAUAUUUACAAUGCCGCCAUAUCAAUGAGAAAAGCUGCUGAAAAAGAAAUGGAAGCGUGUUUUGCAACUGAAGAGUUGCUAAAUAGUGGUGCUGGAAAUUCAUUAGGAACAAGAUCCAAUAGAGGUCCAAACCCACCAUCAUCUACCACCAAUGAAAAAUCAUCAGGAAAUACAAGUGGACCAUCUACACCAUUAGCAACCUCAACCAACCCAAUGCCAUCACCCUCUAUCAGAGGCAGAAAUAAGACACCAAUAAACACACCAUUAGCCACAGCAAUCUCAACCAACUCUAAUAGAUCAAAGAAAAAUAGCGAAUCAGAUCAAUCAAAUCCAAACACACCAUCACUACAAGAGGAUCCAAUUGAUUUCUCUGAUGAUAAUAUUCCAACCACACCCAGAUCAAAUAAAUCAUCUUCAACCACCAAUACUCCAACAUCAACAAGUAGAUCUAGAAGUGCUAAAAAACAACAGGAACAAGCGAAUGAAGAGGCCUCAAAAAAAAUUCAAAAAGACAAAGAAAUUCUAAAAUUGAUGAAACAAUUACACAUCAAGACGAAUAAACUAAAUAAAGAAAUAUUAUUUUAUAAUAAAAAUUAUUUUUAA